AUGGCGCACGGUGCGGAGGACUGCGCGACAGUCCUGGAGCAGUUUGUGCAUGAUGUGGCGAACCUUCCGCUAGAAAUCAACCAUUUGAUGGAGGAAAUUCAAGCCAAGGAUAAAGUGAUGCAAGAGUGCCGGGCCACCAUCAAUUCGCGCGACAGCAGUAUCCAAAAAUUCAUCAAAAUCAACGGCAGCCUGACGCCGAAUCCAAAGGAAGAACAAUACAGCAAGGCAGUCCUACAGAACCUAGACCGGUCGCAGCAGCUACAGGAUGAGAAGAUUCAGCUGAGCGAGAAGGCAUGCAUCCUCCUCGACCGGCAGGUUAAGAGACUUGACGUGCGGAUUCGCGACCUCCAGAAUGAUGGCCUGCUCUCGAACGACCCGCCGCUCCCCUCACUCUUCGACAACAAGAAUCAAUAUCGUGACCCGCCCAAGGUCUUCUUUCCCGAUUCCACCCCGUCCGACUCUACCCCCUACUCCACCCCCCUCAACCCGACAUCUGGAAACGCGAACCCCAUCCUGGCCGCCGCGCAGAGACUCCACCAGUCGACCCCCGCGCAGCCGACGACUGCGCGCAGCUCUGCACCCGCUACCCCCGCGGCGGCGGUAGUACACCUCCAGCAACGGCAGCGCGAAUCAUCCGCCGGAGCUGUGGAUAGCAAGCGUCGGCGCCUGAACGCGUCGCUCGGCACUCUCCCCGCAGCCUCAUCAAACUUGCGUCAGUCGUCCAUGGGCCCUGGGACCCCCAAGGCCGGCACGCCAGUCUCCAGUCGGGCAGGGAGCGCGGGCCCGCGUACCGUCGGUGGUGUCAAGAAGGCCAUGACCAAAAAGGUCGCUCCGCACCAACAGGUGAAGAAGAUCAAGUCUUCGGGCAAGCCAUCUAAGCGCUCGUCGAGUGCUAGCGGCCGGAUCAAGACCUCGAAAAAGUCCCCCACGGGUGAGGGCGAUGAGGACGACGACUCGAUGCUCAGCAGUGCCGACAUGUCUGAUUCGGACAAGAGCGAUACUGGUGCCGGGGACGAGGACAUGGAUGAUGAUGACGAGGACGAGGGUAACGAAGAUACCAAGGUCUACUGUACUUGUCGCACUGUCAGUCAUGGGGACAUGGUCGCCUGUGACAAUGAUAAUUGUCCCUAUGAGUGGUUCCACUGGAAAUGUGUGGGCUUGACUCGGGAGCCUGUUGGAACGUGGUAUUGCGAUGAAUGCAGGAAGAACCUUCUCAAGUAA